AUGGCCGCGGAAGACAAUGCAAAGCGGAUAGAAGAGGCGAGGAAGCUGGCCAAAGACCAGCCAGCCAAAGCCGAGCAGAUCUACAAGGACAUCCUCUCGAAAGCACCAGGAACCAACGAAAAGUCAGUGAAGGAGUUUGAGAAUGCUCUCAUUGGACUGGGCGAGCUCUACCGUGACCACAAGCGGACGCAAGACCUCGCCAACCUCAUCCAACAAACGCGGGACGUUCUUUCCAGCUUCGCCAGAGCGAAGACCGCAAAGCUAGUCCGCCAACUCCUCGACCUUCUCGCCGCCAUUCCCAAUACCAUCGACACGCAGAUCUCCGUCACGAAGUCAUGUAUCGAUUGGGCCGUGCAACAGCGUCAAGGCUUCUUGCGCCAGAGCUUGGAAGUUCGUCUAGUCAACCUUCACAUGCAGACGCAGUCAUACUACGAAGCACUCACCCUCAUCAACAACCUUCUGAAAGAGCUGAGGCGGUUAGACGAUAAGCUGGUCUUGGUGGAGGUACAACUGUUGGAGAGCAGAGUCUACCAUGCGCUAGGAAACGUACCCAAGGGUAGAGCGGCGCUGACCAGCGCGAGGACAAGUGCUGCAUCUGUAUACACCCCGCCAUUGCUCCAGGCCGGUCUGGACAUGCAGUCUGGUCAGCUGCACGCCGAGGAUGGAGACUUCAACACGGCAUUCUCAUACUUCAUCGAGGCGAUGGAGGGCUACCACUCACAGGACGAUGCAGCAAAGGCAACAUCCGCGCUGCAGUACAUGCUUCUCUGCAAGAUCAUGUUGAACUUGAAGGACGACGUCGAUACGCUCAUGACUUCGAAGCAUGCCAUUCGAUACGCCGGCAAGAACCUCGACGCCAUGAAGGCUGUAGCUCGGGCCCACAACAACCGAAGCUUGGAGGAGUACGAACAGGCACUGCACGCAUACCGAUACGAGCUCGGUAGCGACCGUUUCAUCGCAUCUCACCUUCGACGCCUCUACGACAGCAUGCUGGAGCAGAAUCUGAUCAAAGUCAUCGAGCCGUUCUCACGAGUCGAGAUCAGCCAUGUUGCGCAAGUGGUCGGCCUUGACGUAGCUCAGGUGGAGCGGAAGCUCAGCCAGAUGAUCCUGGAUCGUGUCAUCGUCGGCGUGCUGGAUCAGGGCAAGGGAGUCAUCGAGAUUUUCGAAGAAGGAGGACGUGAUGUGGGCUACGAUGCUGCCCUUGACACGAUCGAGAAGUUGGGAAGUGUGGUAGAGGUUCUCUACAACUCCCAGGCCAAUCUUCUGGAGUAG